CAGCUGCUGUGUUCUUGCCCCCUUCAUCUUCUUCUUCUUCUCUCUCACCAUCUCUGGUCCUUUAUUUAUUUUGGCUUCUUUUGAUUUUUGUUUUCUGGUGUUAGUUGGUUGGUUGGUUGGUUAAGCUUUUGAUGCAGCAAUUCCUAUUUAGCUUAGCUUUGGCGUGCUCUGUUAAAAAGAAGCAAAAAAGAGGAACGUCCAGAGAGAUAGCUAUAUCGUAUUAUGUGUUUAUAUAUGAGAGGGGAAAUAGCCAGAUAGAGACAAACGCAACGGAGCGAGAGAUGAGAGAGAAAAGUGGAGGGUUUAAGCAAGAGAAUUUUUCUCUUUUUCUCUUCUUUUCUCGCGUUGAAUGAUUGGUUUUUCGAGUUCAAAAACUCAAGUGAAAGAGGGACGGUUUUGGAGAUUUCCGAAUUCUGAUUACUUUGCGGAGGAAAAGAAGAAGACAGAGUUUGGUUUUAUUGAAGGAGAGAGGAGGAAGACUUUUCUGACCUCUUACUGCUUUGGCUAUCGAAUGGAAAUGUUCAACAAAGAACGAAUUAUUGUCAAACAGGUGAAGCUUCCUUCAACCUUGUUCUCAUAGAGGAACGAUUAUUUUCUUCUCGUUCUGGUCAAGCACGAAACCAAAACUCCGUUAAUUUCUUACCAGAAAUUUAAAUGGAUGGGCGUUAAUGUCAAGGCGAUUAUUCUUUUUGUAAACCGGAAGUACGACAGUCAAUAAGGCAAAAAUCCAGGUUCUCAUAAAUCAUCAAGGUUUUGCUACAUAGAAGAUUAUCAGUUACGCGUUCUUUAAAUAUGCAAGCAAUUGAAGACAAGAGGAUGGAUUCUUGUAAUGAGCCAAACAUAAAGCAUUUUAUCAAGCAAAGUGAUACAGGCACGGAGUUAUCCUCCACGGGAAUGCAGGAACCGAGCAUCGAUACCGAUAAGCUCAGUUACGAGAUCUUCUCCAUCCUCGAGAGCAAGUUCCUCUUCGGCUAUGACGACCAGAAGCUAUGGAUUCCCAAACAAAUCGAUCCGAAACCCGAACCUACUGCGGCCAUGGCCCAACCAGUGCCAGCACACCAGUCAUCCGACGGCGUUGUUUCGGCGUCCAUCAAGAACCAGAGGGGCAAAAUCUGUAUACUCAGUAUUGAUGGUGGGGGCAUGAGGGGGAUUGUCUCGGGCAAGGCCUUGGCUUACUUGGAGCACGCGCUCAAGUCCAAGUCAGGUAAUCCGGACGCUAGGAUCGCCGAUUAUUUCGACGUUGCAGCCGGAGCAGGAAUUGGUGGGAUAUUCACGGCGAUGCUGUUUGGGACGAAGGACGGCAGCCGUCCGAUUUUCAACGCGGAUGACACGUGGCGGUUCCUCGCUGAACAGGGGAAACGCUUUUACCGGGCCGGACCAGGAUCCAGCGGGGGCGGAUUACUGAAGCGGGUGCUGAAGAAUGGUUCCGGAAGCGGGUCGGGUACUGCACGGCUGGAGAAGGCCAUGAGGGAAGCAUUCACGGAGAAAGACGGGCGGAGCCUGACGUUGAAGGACACGUUGAAGCCGGUGCUCAUCCCGUGCUACGACCUGUCCAGUACGGCGCCGUUUUUGUUCUCCAGAGCCGACGCCUUAGAGACGGACAGCUACGACUUCCGUCUCUGGGAGGUCUGCCGGGGGACAUCGGCCGAACCGGGUCUACUCGACCCUGUUCAGAUGCGGUCCGUCGACGGGCAAACAAGGUGCUUGGCGGUGGACGGCGGCUUAGCCAUGAGCAAUCCAACGGCCGCAGCCAUUACCCACGUACUGCACAACAAGCAGGAGUUCCCUUUCGUACGAGGUGUGGAGGAUUUGCUGGUGCUGUCACUAGGGACAGGUCAGCUCCUUGAAGUUAGCUACGAGUACGAGCAAGUCAAGAACUGGCGAGCCAAGGACUGGGCUCGACCCAUGGCUCGAAUCUCCGGAGACGGCUCGGCCGACUCCGUGGACCAAGCCGUAGCCAUGGCAUUUGGUCAAUGGAGGAGCAGUAACUACGUCCGUAUUCAGGCAAAUGGGUCCACCUUAGGCCCCUGCAGACCAAAUGUUGAUUCUGAUUCUAGUCCCAGCAAUGUGAAAAUGCUUAUUGGAACCGCAGAGGAAAUGUUGAAGCAGAAGAAUGUUGAAUCAGUUUUAUUUGGGGGUAAAAGAAUUGGAGAGCAGAGCAACUUCGAGAAACUCGACUGGUUUGCAGGAGAACUUGUGCUUGAGCAUCAGAGGAGGAGCUGCAGAAUAGCUCCCACUGUUGCAUUCAAGCAAGCUGUUCCCAAAACCACCUAAAGAAUUCUCAAUAAGAUUAGUACCAGAUUCAAGAAAAAAAUUUAUAAGGGUAUUUUGGUAAUUUAACAGGGGAACCAAAUCAUUCUGAAUGCCUUUUUCCGUGGUCCGGAGAAGAGUUUUUUUCUCUUGUGAUCUUAUAAUGCUUUGACUGUUAGGCAAAGCUAAAUAAAUACUUGUAACUGUUUCUUUCCUUCAGUUAAACCAUGGAGCUCCUUUUGGCUUUUGACACUAUGAGCACAAAAACCUUGUAUAGUACACGUGGAGUAUUUGGGUGAGGGACAUUAAUGUAAUUUUGAUUUUUUUUUUUUUAAAUUUCAAAAUUUUCUCUAAAAUGUCUUAUUUUGAGUCCUCAAAUGCACUAUCCAUCAUGAUCUAGGCAGGUUUUUCUCAUUAUUUCUCUUUUCUCUUUCAAUAUUUAUUUCCUCCCAUCAAUUCUUUUUAGUACCAACAGGCAACCCUCAUAAUCUUGCCACCUUGCAAUAAACAAUUUAAUGUAAAAAAGAAAAAAUCCUUUUUUUUAUUAGGUUAAAUUAGGUCAUCUAACUUUUUAAAGAAUCAAAUUCCUCAUGUAUUCUUUUUCUAUUACACAACUUGAUAUUAUAUUUUUCAUCUGUUCUUGUAUAUAUAUCCUUACAACCUCUGCCGACUUUGUAAAUACCUUGUUAUCUUGUUGAAUGUUCAACCAAUCUUCUCCUUGUGAGCAUAACUUUUUUUUAAAAAAAAUAUGUAUGUGGCACUAGUUAUAUGUAGAUAAUAAAAAUAUGAGCAAUUAUGAUGCCUCGAACCCAUGACCAUACAUCGCGGUAAUUUCCUUGACAUUCCAUGGUAAUUUAGGGUGAUAACUCCCUUAGUAUUCGUUGUAAUAAAACUACAAUAUAGUACUAGUAAGUUACUAUAAAAUAUUAGGUUACCAUGGAAGCAUGAUGUCUAGAGGCUCUAUAGAAUUUUUUUAUUAACAACCGAGCUGGUAGUACUCUUCUCAACUAAUUUUAUCAGAAAGGAUGGAGCUUAAACUACCUUAAAAAUAUGAAGGAAAAAAAAAAAAAACAAAGGAAGGAAUCAAUCACAUCUUGUUCAAAUUUAUUCAUAAAGAAGAGAAAGUGGAAACAUAAGGCUCAAAUUUUGAAAAGGUUUUACACAAUUGUUCCUCAUUCUUUCUUUGAGUUUUGCGCUUGGUCCUUUCCAUUGCACUCUCCAAUGCAGGCCACACACAAGAACACAUCAUAUUAUAUCUAUAUGUGAUUUCAUGCAAUUCACAUGAACUUUAUCCUAUAUGUUUUCAUAUGUUUU